GGACAUCUGUGGCUCUUGGGGACGUCUAUGGAAAUGGGGUGGAUCCGUGGGUCCUGGGGGUAUCCAGGAGUCUUGAGGACAUCCAUGGAACCUCCUGGCUGGCAUCUGUGGGUUCCAGGGAUGUCUGUGAGUGCCCAGGACAUCCAGGGAUCCUGGUGGGAUGUCUGUGGGUCCUGAUGGCAUCCACAGGCCCCAGGGAUAUCUGUGGGUGCCCAGGACAUCCAUGAAUUUUGGGGACAUCUGUGGAUCCCAGGAGUGUUUGCACAUCCUGGGGACUUCUAUGGGGUUGUCUGUGGGUCCUGGGGGACCAGCAUCCAAGGGCCAGAGGGGUGUAUUGGUGGCACCUGCAGGUCCUGGUGGCAUCUGCUGACGUCCCUGUCCUCUCUCCUCUCCCACAGUGGUGCUGCUGGACUUCGCCAAGGCACAUGGGGAGCUGGGCUGGCUCACCCAUCCCUAUGGAAAAGGGUGGGACCAGCUGCAGAACGUCCUCAACGACUCCCUGAUCUACAUGUACUCCGUGUGCAACGUCCUGGAGGGCGAGCAGGAGAACUGGCUCCGCACCAACUGGAUCUACCGCGGCGUGGCCCAGCGCAUCUUCAUCGAGCUGCAGUUCACCGUGCGCGACUGCAACAGCUUCCCCACGGCCGGCGGCGGCUCCUGCAAGGAGACCUUCAACCUCUACUACGCCGAGUCCGACGUGGAUUACGGCACCAACUUCCAGAAGCGCCAGUUCAAGAAGAUCGACACCAUCGCCCCGGACGAGAUCACCGUGCAGGAGGAUUUCGCCGCCCGCAACGUGAAGCUCAACGUGGAGGUGCGCUCGGUGGGGCCGCUGCGCAGGAAGGGUUUCUACCUGGCCUUCCAGGACCUGGGCGCCUGCGUGGCGCUGCUCUCCGUGCGCGUGUACUACAAGCGCUGCCCGGCCGUGGUGCGGGGCAUGGCGCGGUUCCCGGAGACCGUGGCCGGCGCCGACUCGCAGACCUUGGCCGAGGUGCGGGGCUCGUGCGUGGCCGAGGCCGUGGCCGAGCAGGCGCCCGCCCUGCACUGCAACGCCGACGGCGAGUGGCUCGUGCCCAUCGGGGAGUGCCUGUGCCGGGCCGGCUUCCAGAGCCUGGGAGACACCUGCCAAGCUUGUCCCCCUGGCACCUUCAAGGCCGCAGUGUCCUCGGGGGGCUGCCAGCCCUGUCCCUCCAACACCCUGCCUGCCCCAGCUGCUGCCGCCACCUGCCCAUGUGAGGACGGAUUUUUCCGGGCCCCUGAGGAUCCCCCGGAGCAUCCCUGCACCCGUCCCCCCUCACCCCCACAGGCUGUCACAGCCCUGGGGUUGGGGGCCGCGGUGCAGCUGCGCUGGGCCCCCCCGGCCGACCCCGGUGGCCGCGAGGACGUCACCUACAGCGUCAGCUGCGAGCAGUGCUGGCCCGAGAGCGGCGAGUGCCGGCCCUGCGACGGGGGGGUCCGCUUCUCACAGCCCCCCCAGGGGCUCACGGGGACGGAGGUCACUGUCACCGACCUGGAGCCACACGUCAACUACACCUUCACCGUGGAGGCCCGCAACGGGGUGUCCCCCUCCAGCCACCAGCGCAGCGUGGCCAGCGCCACCAUCAGCGUCAACCAGACAGAGCCUCCCCGGGUGACAUCGGUGAGCCUGGAUGGACGGACGGCCACCAGCCUGGUCCUGUCCUGGACGGUGCCACUGCGGCAGCAGAGUCGGGUCUGGAAGUACGAGGUCACCUACAGCAAGAAGGUGGAUGAGAACAGCUACUCAGUGCUGCGCUGCGAGGGCACCUCUGUCACCCUGCCCAAGCUGUCCCCAGGCACCGCCUACGUGGUUCGGGUCCAGGCCCUCACUGCUGAUGGCCACGGGGCCUUCAGCCCCCAGCACGAGUUCGAGACCCUGCCUGAGGGUUCCGAGGCCAUGGCAUCAGCCACUGUCAUCGCUGGCAGCAUCGCUGGUGUUGUCUUUGUCGUCUUCCUCUUGGUCACUCUCCUCUUCAUCCUCCGGCGGAGGAAGAGGUCACGGCCACGCCAAUCUGCUGAGGAUGUCUACUUCUCCAAGUCAGACCAGCUGAAGCCCCUCAAGACCUACGUUGACCCCCACACUUACGAAGACCCCAACCAAGCCAUGCUCAAGUUCACCACCGAGAUCCCUCCAUCCUUCAUCACCCGCCAGAAGGUCAUCGGUGCUGGUGAAUUUGGGGAGGUGUACAAGGGUACCCUGAAGCGUGGCAGGAAGGAGGUGCCAGUGGCCAUCAAGACAUUGAAGGUGGGGUACACGGAGAAGCAGCGCGUGGACUUCCUGAGCGAGGCCACCAUCAUGGGACAGUUCUGCCACCACAACAUCAUCCGCCUCGAGGGCGUUGUCUCCAAGUACAAGCCCUUCAUGAUCAUCACAGAGUACAUGGAGAACGGGGCACUGGAUAAAUUCUUGAGGGAAAAAGAAGGUGAAUUUGGCAUCAUCCAGCUGGUGGGGAUGUUGAGGGGCAUCGCCGCCGGCAUGAAGUACUUGGCCAACAUGAAUUACGUCCAUCGGGACCUGGCUGCCAGGAACAUCCUGGUGAACAGCAACCUGGUGUGCAAAGUGUCCGAUUUCGGGCUCUCGAGGGUGCUGGAAGAUGACCCUGAAGCCACCUACACCACCAGCGGCGGGAAGAUCCCGAUCCGUUGGACAGCACCCGAAGCCAUCUCCUACCGCAAGUUCACCUCUGCCAGCGACGUCUGGAGCUACGGCAUCGUCAUGUGGGAGGUGAUGUCCUACGGCGAGCGGCCCUACUGGGAGCUCUCCAACCAUGAGGUGAUGAAGGCCAUCAACGAGGGCUUCCGCCUCCCGGCGCCGCUGGACUGUCCCUCGGCCAUCUACCAGCUGAUGAUGCAGUGCUGGCAGCAGGAGCGCUGCCGGCGCCCCAAAUUCCCCGACAUCGUCAGCAUCCUCGACAAACUCAUCCGCGCCCCCGACUCCCUCAAGGCACUGGCAGAUUUCGACCCCCGGGUGUCCAUCCGGCUGCCCAGCACCAGCGGCUCCGAGGGCGUCCCGUUCCGCUCGGUCCCGGAGUGGCUGGAGUCCAUCCGCAUGCCCCAGUACACCGAGACCUUCAUGGCCUCGGGCUACAGCACCAUCGAGAAGGUCCUGCAGAUGACCAGCGAGGACAUCAAGCGGAUCGGGGUGCGGCUGCCGGGCCACCAGAAGCGCAUUGCCUACAGCCUGCUGGGGCUGCAGGAGCAGGCAGGAGCUGGGGGGACCCCAGGCUGACCCCCCACCCCCAAAACUCCACA